CUUCUUAAGCCUCAACGGCAGCUAAUUUGAGCUGACGAAACAGUUUCUUCCAUGGUUCUGGCGAAUUAGAAAUCGGCAUUAGUACCCUUGGCGCCAAGGCGAUCAUCGUCGGCGGUUGAGGUUUGAAACAUCUCAAUGGCAGUGCUUCGUCAAUGAGGGUUUCAAAAAGUCUGGGCAGUCGUAACUGCGGAUGGGGAAAUGAACUCGACGACUAAGUUGAGAUGUAUUAAAACGAUGUGGUCUGCAGAAUGGCUUUCAAAAUCCUCACUUGCGCUGGAUUUGGCAACUGAGCACGUUGUGUUUCCCCAGGUCACUUUCUUUCUCACUUCACUUCGAGAUAUCGGGCUGCGCCCUCACUGAUAAUUACUAUCUACGGCUGGACCUAAUUGAAUAACCAAUUACUUUCAUCGAGGUUGACUUUUCGUCUUUCCCCUUUGUUCAUUUAUUUCAAUUCUAGGUUGUCGAGAUUCUAUUAGUGUCGCGUAUUCACAAUGAGGAGCUCAAGCUAUCGGAGAAGCGCUCGCGCAAAUAACUUAAGGGUGUUUAUUCGCGACGAUGUCCCACAUACCGUUGAUCAUGUCGAGCCCGAUUCCGAAUCUGAAGAUGAACCAGAUACACCAUCGCCGACAAAACAUGUGUUUCCGUCACCCCCCGCCAGGACUGAGGCACCUACACAGACACCUACACAACAGGUUGGAGCUCAUGCCACCCCAAAGUCUUCAUCAAUAGAGGCUCCUCAGCCGACAACAUCCACGAGCAUCAGCACAUCAGCAACUCAAUCUUCUUCAACUUCAACCAGCACAGAUCUUCCAGCAAGCGCACUACCACAAAGCAACGAAUCCUCACAAGCUCAAGCAGUUCAAUCCGAGAAUUCCAAAUCUAUAAUGAGUAAGGACGGCGCCAUAGCACUCGGCACAAUUGGAGCAACGAUAAUAAUCGCAGCCAUAAUAUUCCUCCUCUGGAAAUGCCGACGGCGCCAAGCCCGCGCAAACGACGGGGGCGGAGCAUCCAGAUUCUGGCCCUUCUCCGGGUUCAAGAAAAUAGAAGAGCCGCGGGAGAUAUACACGACGAACCGCGAAUCAGGGGGGAAGACGCAAUCAAAGAUCAUGGAUGAUCUCAUGGCGGCUGCGUAUGCCGCCGAAGACGGCAAUGUGUCGCAGUACGGGGCAUAUACGGAUGAAAAGCGGCAAACUUACACCUCUAUGCACGCCCCGAACCAGCGACAGUCGAAUCCGCCCCAAGCCGCGGAAAAUCCCGAUAGGGGGUCGAACUCCCUUUACGUCAACCAACUCAUGUCCGGGUUCUACAAGGGUUCGAGAGCAGAUGGACUUACGACCCCAGCUAACGCGAGAAUGCCCCCUCCGCCAGCCCCCUCUGUCUCAGGGGAAACCGACGUCACGGCUACUACCGAGAGUACGUGGAGGACGUGGGGUUGGUCGCAAAAGAAGCCGCCGAAGGAAUCUUGGGUCGAUAAGUAUAUCCGCUUGGGAGGCUCGAGAUAGUUUUGGUCUCGCUUUGAUAUUUAUAGAGCAUGUUAGAAACUUGAAUCGAGCUACGGCAACGCUUGGAAUCGAGGCGUUACGAUAUCUGCAUUUUAAUUCGUGGUAUUUCUUAGUACAAGUGAUAUCACUUAAAAGGAGCCAAGGUAAGUACAGUAGUCAGACGAUCUAAUCGAAGCACGCCCUUUGAAAUCAUAUCAACUUGAC